ACUCUCUCCCUAGAAUUUUGUAUAUAAAUGAACGUUGAGACAUGAGAUCAAUAACACACAUUAUCGUACAAGUCUUUGUAUCUUUUCCAAACACUCGGCCGUUUAGACUUUGAGCAGCAAGAAACAUGAAGAGCUCCUUCACGUUCACCAUCUUCUUCUUUGUUCUUCUCCUUACCUCUUGUGAGGUGAUGAGCGCAAGGAUGCAAGAGAGCACAAACAAUGUAUUGACUAUACCAUGCAAUACCAAUGAAGACUGUGCUAAGUCUUGCAGAGGUCCAUUCCACCACUGCAAAAAUCAGAGUUGUCAAUGCGUAGAAGGAAAUCCUAAUUGUUGCUAGAUAACACCCUCCUCCUCCACACAUAGUCUCUUAAAGAAAAUGCUUAUGUUUCUGAGUCACUAUAUUUUGCAUUGGAUUAAUUCCACCAAAUAAAAAGUAUAAUAAAACUAUGUUUCCUUGUUCGUCUA